AAAAUGAAGAAUUGGAUAUUGAUAGAGAAGUGCUAGAACAUAAUAAGUAUAAUUUUACUAGUGGUAAUGAAGAAUUGAGAAGUUCGGAUAUAGCAUGCAUAGAUAAUAUUUCUAUUACAGAAAAAAGUUGUACUUUAGAGAUGCUUGAGAAAAUGAUUAAUGAAUCAAAAA